UUUAUCUGUUGUGUUGUAGUGAUGGUGGGUGGGUGUCGUGUAUUUUUAGGUUAAGAAGUAAAGAUAUGAUUUUAUAAAAUAUAUAACAAAACUUGACCAAAAAUGAAAUUUCCUUAUGUAAUGGAAUACGCACUGAUUACAAUACCUGCAAUUCUGUGUACAUUAUUACUGUUAAAACUUCUAUAUAAUUUGCGGUCAACGCUGCCUUGGAGAGUGAAUUGUUGGUUCUGCAAUACAAAUGCUUGGGUGAAGUUCAACCUAAGGAAUAGUUGGACAUGUCCAAAGUGCGAUCAGUACAAUGGCUUUACAAAGGACGGUGGCUAUAAUAAAGUUUUGAGUCCUUCAAGUGAAUAUGUUUCCAAAAGUCCGAAAUCGUUCAAAAGAAGCCCGCCUAAAAAUGGCCUCUGCAAAAUGUGUAAUAUUAACCAACAGCUCAAGGUGACACAACUUGCAAACUUUGUUCCUCUGAAUGAAAAUAGAUAUGAUGAAGAAAUUGAUAUUUACAGAAAUCAACUAGAUAAAGCCUACAAGCUAUGUAGCCCAUGCAAAAAAGUCCUGCAAAUGAAAUUACAUAAGGAGAAAGAAACCUUAUUGGGUUCUAAGCUAUUGGAAAUGAGGACACCAGAGAAAAAUAAAAGCAGAACAGAAAAACGAAAUCAAUUAAUUAAAACAACUAUUAAUACUACGUCUAGAUUGAUAGCAGCAAUACUUAUAGUCUUAGUAGCGAUUGAAUGCCAUGAAAACGCUUCGAAACAUAAGAAUUUAGCUAGUACAGUUAAUAACGUAAAAAUUAUAUUUUACAGUCUGAUAGACAGAAUUAUAUCUAUAGUUAAAAUGAAGACACUACUCACAUUCCCGUCAUUAGAGAAUCAAUUUAUUAAAUUAAAUAAUUCUAUAGAUAUAGACAUAUUUACAAGCUUUAACUCUGUACUAAAUGAUUUGACGCAGAAAGCUUUAGGGAGCUUUGUAUGUUUUAUACAGAUUAUAGGACAUUUUUGGAAUAUUAACAAGACAGAAUAUAGCAUUUUUAUUGAUCUGUUGUGGUCUAUAUUUGUUGUGACUUCAAUAGGACAUGUAUAUUUGAGUACAGAUCCGAUCAUAAUGAGCUUAAUUAAACUAUCGAGUGUAUUGGCAGUGUCUCUUGUUUAUAGAAGCAUGAACAAUAAGACUGUUAAAACAAUUACAAGAAAAAAUAUCACACCAAAGAAACUGAAAAAUUUAGCAAAUAGAACACCAAAAAAAAUGAUUGACGAUGAAGAUAAUAUAUCUUUGGAUACAGACGAUGAUGUGUCUCUUUGUAAAUUUGGCUUAAAUAACUUCUCAGAAUCUUCCAAUGACACAACCAGCCCAUUGAACAACAGUCUAAUCAACGGGAGAUCAUUCACACCAAGAAAUGACAGUAUUUGGAGUAAACCAAAAUUGAAUUCAACAUUUUGUGUCAAUUCCGUGAUGAGUAGCAGUCCGAAUCCACUAUCUGAUUCUGUUUUCAGAAAACCUUCAUUCAAUAAGUACCAAAAGAACCUUAAGGAUGAAUCAGACUCCGAUUUAGAUGAAAGUAUAAGUUCCUUGUGCAUAAGUAGCCCUAAAAAGAAGAGUUCUAAAAUGAAUCCAGUAUUUGCCUUACGUAAAUUCACUGCAUCACCUAGUUUCAUAGCUCCGACUCCUUUGAAUAGAGCUCGACCCCUUAUAUCUCCAAGUAAACUAGGUCAUGGUACUUCAUGGGUGGCAGGUGGAUACUGGGGUACAGAAGGUGAACGGCAGAUAUUUAAUGUGAAUGGUAGUCGCUCGUCUAGUCAGAGUUCGGGGUUUGAAUCCCAAACCUCGAGCAUUAACCAGCGAAACAUUUUCUCACAACCUCCAUCUCGAGAAGAGUCAGUUUGUAGAGAACCGGAAAAGUCUACAAUACUUGAUCGUUUCCAAAACUGUAGAAUGAACGGUUUCAGCUCCCAUCAUCCACCAAGUUUUACGCCAGUAAGUACUCCAGUAUUUCCUCAAAUGCAGUACAACAGUCAUGUUCAAAUACCUCAACCCAGAUUUGCUCAGCAGACUUUUGUGUCUCAGAAUGUCUUUGCCCAGCAGCAGUAUAUUCCAAACAGUAUGUUCAAAGCCCCAGGUGGGUCCAGACUGAUCAAAUUGCCUCAAGACAAUUCCUUCACGUCUCGCUAAUGCUCAAUCUGCUAGUCAGAUUGACGUAGCUCGUACAUUGACUAACGAUUUUUUUCGUUUUCUUUUUAUUCUUCGAUCGUUUUUACUAAAAUUUCAUAAACUGCCAUUAUGUUAAGAAAUCUUGUUAAGUUAUAUCACAUACAUUAGUUUUUAAGUGGUUAUUAGUUGUAAAGAUGAAUGAGUGAAUUUAGUUGUAAGUGCAUUUGCUGAUCUCGUGUUGGUGCCAGGUGACGGCGAUAUGAAAGCAUUAAGAAUUAUUGUAUUGUUACGAUUUUUAUAUGGACGUCACUGUCCUAUCUCGAACAAAAUGUGAUAUUAAAAGACUAGUAAUUUUUGCAAAAAGUGAAAAAAUGAUUCUUGAUGUUAUCAUUGUUUUGAUUUUGUCAUCUUAUAGAGAAAACUUUUUGUGAAGCUCCUGAAAUAAAAUAUAUAUAUAUAACUAUAA